UCUAUGUGUGCUCUCCCUUAUGUUAAACCACCGAAAACGAGCCUGGUGGUUGUAACACAGGGAAGAAAGUGGUGUGAUAUCUCAUUACCAAUCACUCUGGUCACUCGCUUAUUUUUUUGGCCCAUCUUUGUUCCCUAAAGUGUGUGUGUGUUUGUGUGUGUUGCAUUGAAUUGCUGCCAAAUGCAAAAGUUGGGGACCAGAGCUAUGGAGAAGUUGUCAGAGGUAAUAUUCGCUGUAGGUUUUUGUCCCAGUUGCUCUGCGGAACUGAGAUCAAUUUAACAAAUGGGGGCAGCCAUGGCUUACUGUUUAGGGGUUCGGGCUUGUAACCGAAGGGUUGCCAGUUUGAUCCCCGACCUAGUAGGAAAAAUGUGGGCAGGGGGAAGUGGUUGAGCACUGCUCUCCCAUGCCCACAUCCACGGCUUAAGUGCCCCUUGGCACCUAAGGUAUCCAACCCCUCACUGCUCCCCGAGCGUCGCUGUUGCAAGGCAGCUCACUUCUCCGGCUUAGUGUGUGCUUCACCUCACUGUGUGUUCACUGUGUGCUCUGUGUGUUCACUAAUUCAUGGGUGGGAUAAAUGCAGAGACCAAAUUCCUUGUAUAGCCUACUUGGCCUAUAAACCUGAUUUACAUUUACAUUUACAAAUCCCUUAGCACGGAAAUGGAAAUGAGUGGUUGAAGUGGGUUUAAUGGAGGAUAUAUAUUGAAAUACGUGAUUUUCAUUCAACAGGUGUUCAUCAUUGCGGAGAGACAAUGUAAAUAGCCUAAGUGGUGCGGUCUGUCAGAAAUUUUCCGUUGAGCUUUCUACUCCAGGGGGGUAUUCCAAGUAGCCAAGUUUAACAAAAUUGGGUAGGCCUAAGUUAACUCAAGAGUUAACCUGUGGAAAACUAUGUUGUGUGAAAUAUGUCUACGUGGAGGGUAGGUCUACAGGAUACAUCUCUAUCAUAAGCUACUGUUAUUUAGUGAAGUGAAGUUAUGUAAUCAGUCUUCGGGUUAAUACAUUUGCAUGGACACGCCUAUAGGCCUACUGUCAGUUUAUAUUCCAGGGCUACAGCACAUCCACAGGCGAGUUAAGUUUAUUCAUCAGGUUGUCUGCGCAUCAAGCAGUGCAUUGGAAAGUGGAGCACGUUCGAAACACUCGACUUCUUCAAGACAACGCGUCGGGACAGGAGGUAAAAUAGACAGCAUAGACCUGCCUUAUCUCAGAUCAGACAUUAAACAUGACUACCAAAAUCCAAAUCAAAAGCCCUAAUGUGAGAUACACAGAGAGGUACAUUGAAGCUCUCUACUCCUACCACACCACAUCUGUGUCCAGAGAUGGGGACAUGUAUACAGUAACACCUUCCACCACUCAGUUCACCUUCCACACUGAGCGGGUGGUGCCCAAGCUGGGGGUGAUGCUGGUGGGCUGGGGAGGGAAUAAUGGCACGACUGUCACCGCUGCGGUCAUUGCCAACAAGAUGGGCAUGCGCUGGAGAACCAAGACUGGCAUGAAGUGUGCUAAUUACUUUGGCUCCUUACUACAAGCCUCCACAGUGUGUUUGGGGUCGGGCCCAGAGGGGGAGGUCAACAUACCUUUCCGUGAUUUGCUUCCCAUGGUGCACCCUAACGACAUCAUUUUCGAUGGUUGGGACAUCUCUUCCUUAGACUUGGGCCAGGCGAUGGAGAGGGCUGAGGUGCUAGACUGGGAUCUACAGGAGCAACUGCGGCCACACAUGAGCCAGCUGAAGCCCAGGGCCUCCAUUUAUAUCCCAGAAUUCAUAGCUGCUAAUCAGAGCCACAGAGCCGACAACCUCAUCCAGGGAACAAAAGCUGAACAGGUGGCACAACUCCGGAGGGAUAUUUGUGACUUCAAGCAGAAGAGUGGUGUGGACAAAGUCAUCGUUCUGUGGACCGCCAACACAGAGAAAUUCUGUGAUGUUGCAACUGAUAUCAAUGACACUGCUGAGAAUUUGCUCGCCACUAUCCAGAAAGGAGGCGAGGUAUCUCCCUCCACACUUUUUGCAGUAGCCAGCAUCCAGGAGGGCUGUGCGUAUAUCAACGGUUCCCCACAGAACACCUUUGUUCCUGGGGUAGUUGAGCUGGCCAUACAGAAGGGUGUCUUCAUCGGAGGAGAUGAUUUUAAAUCUGGCCAGACCAAAAUUAAAUCCGUUCUCGUGGACUUCUUGGUCAGUGCAGGCAUUAAGCCAAUGUCCAUUGUUAGCUACAAUCACCUUGGCAACAAUGACGGCAUGAACCUCUCAGCUCCGCAGCAGUUCCGGUCUAAGGAGAUCUCCAAGAGUAACGUGGUGGAUGAUAUGGUGCAGUCCAACACUGUGUUGUACAGCCCUGGAGAGAAGCCAGAUCACUGUGUGGUGAUCAAAUAUGUGCCAUAUGUGGGUGACAGCAAGCGUGCCAUGGACGAGUAUGUGUCUGAGAUUAUGAUGGGUGGCACAAACACCAUCGCUAUUCACAAUACAUGCGAGGACUCCUUGCUGGCUAGUCCAAUCAUCUUGGACCUGGUCAUCCUCACAGAUCUUUGCCAGAGAAUCACAUUCUGCACAGAGAGUGACCCCAGCUUUCAGACCUUCCACAGUGUGCUCUCUCUGCUCAGCUUCCUCUGCAAGGCCCCUCUUGUCCCACAGGGGGCGCCUGUGGUCAAUGCCUUCUUUCGCCAGAGAGCUUGCAUUGAAAACGUCAUGAGGGCAUGUCUAGGGCUGCCACCUCAGAGCCAUAUGCAGCUUGAGCACAAGAUGCAGAGAACUCUCCUGGCGAACCAAGAGGACUAUACUGUGGCCACUAAUAAGAACAAAGGUGUCCACACGAACGGAUUCCACUCAUUACACUGCAGUGGUGUUGCUGGACAUAAAAUGGAGGAACCAAGCAUUGAAUAAGAUCCAUUUGUAGUGUGGAGUUGUUACUGACUAUAUGUAAUCGGUGUGCAAAAAUGAAGUGCUUGUGAACGGACAAGUACUGUAUGUGUGUGUACUGUAUUUGUCACUUUUGACAGGACCAUGUGUACUUUAAAAAUAUUAAAUGCAGCUUACUUUACUUAAA